UCCCAUCUCAAAAAAUCGAUCUUUACUACACAAAAAAAAUGAGCUCUAAGGCUUUUGUUUUCCUCGGCCUUCUUUUUGCCUUUGUUCUCCUCAUCUCUUCGAACGUGGCUGCGAGCGACCUCGCACACACCUCGGUCAAGAACGAAAAUGUGGCUACAAUGGAGACCAAUGGCGUAGAGGAUGCCAAGUAUGGAGGAUAUGACAGGGGCUACCGUCGUGGUCGCUACGAUCAUGGCGGCCAUGAUGGGCACGGUCAUGGUGGCUACCGUUGCCGGCAUGGUUGGUGCCGCUACCGGUGCUGCAGCUACGCCGGUGAAGUGGUGGAGGGUGCAAAGCCAUAAGGCAUAGUGUGGAUGUGCUGAAAUAAUGAAAUGGUUUAAUGUUUGAGAAAUAAAUGCAUGGGGAAUGGAAUGCCUCGGCUGUUCUUUCUCCGUGUUUAGUUUUUACUGUGUGUUUCUGUCUGCAAAUUCCGUUUCUAAGUUAUCGAACAUUGUCCCCCUUUCGCCAUUUCCAAUGUUUAUAAAAUGUUCAUAA